GCCAUCUUGUCAGAUACCCAGUGUUGUCGUGAAAGCACUUUGGUGAACAGUGCUGCGAUCCUUUCUAGUUCCUCAUCGGUUUUUAAAGAUGGGGAUAUUUUCAAAUUCUACAAAUUUUGAUUCUCAUCUCGAGAAAGCAACGAGUCAGCUUCUUUUGGAGCCAGACUGGAAUAGUAUUCUUCAAAUUUGUGACUGUAUCCGACAAGAAGAUGUAAACCCCAAAUACGCAAUAGCAGCUAUAAAGAGAAAGAUUUUAGACAAGAAUCCCCACGUUGCGAAAUUUGGAUUGAUAGUGUUAGAAGCAUGUGUGAAGAAUUGUGGGGCUCCUAUGCACAAAGAAGUGGCUACAAAAGAGAUUAUGGACUGCUUCAGAGAGCUGGCCAAAUCAAGCCCAGAUCCAGUCAAAGAACAAAUUCUUAGUAUGAUUCAGACAUGGUCAACUGCAUUUCGCAAAGAACCAAAGUACAAAGUUGUUCAGGAUACAUUUAAUCUUAUGAGAAUGGAAGGUUAUAAGUUCCCUCCAAUAAAUGAUUCAAGUGAUGCCUUAUUCACGGCCGAAACAGCUCCUGAAUGGGCAGAAGGUGAUGUCUGUCACAUGUGUAGGGUUAAGUUCUCCACAUUUCAAAGACAGCACCACUGUAGGAAUUGUGGCCAAGUAUUCUGCCAGAAGUGUUCAUCUAAAAAUUCUAUCAUCCCACACUAUGGAAUAGAAAGAGAAGUCAGGGUUUGUGAUCCCUGCUUUUACAAGAUCAACCCAUCAGCAGGAAAAAGUGAAGAAGGCAGCUCCAAGAAGUCCGAUAAAGAAAAAAAAUCUGCAGAUUCUGACUUACCAGCGGAAUAUCUUAACAGUCCACUCAGUCGUGAGUCACAGGUUCCUACAAAGAAGACUGAACAGGAAAUUCAGGAUGAAGAGGAAGAAGAGUUGCAGCUGGCUAUGGCAUUAUCACUGUCAGAAGAGGAAGCAACUAAAGAUAUGCGAGCUCGUCCAAGCAUUAAAUCUUCUUCCUACAAUGUAGUCUCAGAGCAACCUUACCACUCACACAGGCAGUCCAGUGGCUUAUAUGCUUCUCCAGAUGUGGAAACUGAUUCAUCGAGCAUGGAUCCAGAGCUUGCAAGAUAUCUGAAUCGCUCAUACUGGGAAGAGAGGAGUGAAAGGCAAACAUCAAGAGAGAGAACAAGUCCUCCGGCCAGUGCACCAGCACCAAUGCAGACUAACAAUCAUGUAGAGAUGAGAGUUGGUGGAUUAAAAGGAAAAAAGAAAAAGAAAGGAAGGAAAUCUCAGAGAGACAACAAUGAGCCCAUGGCUAAUAACAACCCUCUUGCUGUUGAAGGCGUAAAUUCGGACGUGUCUGAAGUGACGGAUGCUAUGGUGAAAACAUUUCAAGGCAACGUGGAAAUGCUGUUAGACAGAAUGCAGAGAAUUUCUGGUCAAGGGAAGCAUAUCGCUAUGGAUGCUACAGCACAGUCAUUAUUCCAAACUGUCAGCGCAAUGCAUCCCCAAAUUUUGAGACUCGUAGAAGAGCAAGAAGAGAAAAAAGCUAAAUACGAGGCACUUCAAGUGAAACUUGGUCUUGUGCAUGAAGCACGUGCAUCCUUAGAUGAGAUGCGAGAGCAACACCGUGAGAAAGUUCGUCAGCAGGAACUCGAACAAGAUAUGCUUCGACGGAUGCAAAUUGAACAAAAGCUGGAGCUGAUGCGGCAGCAGAAGGCUGAGUACUUGGCUUACCAACAACGUUUACAGGCCGAGAGACAAGCAGUCAUUGAACAACAACAACAGCAACAACAGAGAUUACAAUAUCAAAGACAGAUGCAGCCAUCGCAGCAGCAGCAGCAAAGCCCAUAUGCCGGAGUGCAGUAUCCAUCCACAGGGGAAUCCAGUCCGUAUUCUUCCAUGAAUUACGCUCCAAUGACUGCAGCUGGUACACAACCUUACAAUCCUCAGAAUCCACUCGCGGGCUACACCCCUGCUGUCCCUCCUGGAUAUCAGGCCCCUGAUGCCUCACCACCGUCUCAGUAUUCUGCUCGACCAACAGGAGAGGGUUAUGUACCCACCACACGGGCGGACUAUAUGUCAUACAGGAACGAAGUACCAGCCCCUCAAACAGAGUUCCAACCCCAGCCAAGUUCGCUAGAGUAUCAGCCACCAUCAUAUGCAUCUCAAGUUCCACCAGAGUCUGGUCCAUCAUCUCUUCAGCCUUAUAGUCUUGGGGGACCCCUCCCCGUUCCAACUGCCCCUGCGCAAGUACUUCCCCAAGCACCUCCUCCUCAGUAUGCUCAGGUUAGCUCCCAGCAGCCUGGUCCUCCACCUCUGUAUGGACAGUCAGUUGGUCAGCAGCCGCCAACACAAUCUGCGCUACAGAAUCAGCUCCCAGCUACAACACCUCCAGGCCCCACAGGGAAACAACCCCAGUAUAACCAGAUGCCGCCACCACAGACCCAAUCCCAAUACCCACAACAUCCACAAUAUUCCAACCCAACGGAGGCGCCACUGGUACCUGAGACUGCCCCACCCCAGUACCCUCAACCCCCAAACCAGGCUCCACAGACUAAAACACAGUCAUACCAUGUUCCUCAAGGGAAUGGCUUUCCUCCGGCAAUGGACGCCUCCAGAGGAUCAUCUCAGAUGCAGUUCAAUUCUUUACCAACUCAACCACAACACAACAUGGUUCCACCCAGUGGUCCUCCUUCGUUUCAACAAGGACCUCCUUCGUUGCAACAAGGAGCCCCGGUGCAGCAAGUUCACCCGAUGCAGCAAGGUCACCCAAUGCAGCAAGGCCAUCCCAUGCAACAGGGCCCUCCCCUUCAACAGGGCCCUCCAGGGCAGCAGGCUUAUGAACCACAACAACAGCCCCAACAAUUUGCACCUCAGCAAGGGUACCAACCGGGUCCUGGUCAACCACCGCCACAGCAAUUUGGAUCAGCACCGUCACCCCAAGGCCCACCUCCCCAGAGGCAGUUGACGGAUCUAGAGUUAAUAUCUUUUGAUUAAAGGAAACCGUGGAUUUUACAUGUAUAAAUAAAAUUUCUUUUCUUGUGUUAACGUUUGUUCAAUAACGUAACCGGUAAUGGUCAGGAGAUUGUAAUUUUUAACCGAUAUAAUUUCUGUCCGGGUGGAAAUGUAAAAAGUGACAAAUGAAGCGACAGUAUGGAUGGUUUUGUAUAUUUGUGUUUGUUUUUGCAUAUGUUUGUGAAUAUCUUUUAAUUAACCACAGUUUACAACUGGAGAAAUAUUUGUUGCGGGCUUGAUAGGUCUUAUUAAGUAUUAUUCAGAAGUAGUUUGCCAGGUUCUACUCGAAAAUCAAGAUGGCCUGUGCCAGCAGCUCGCCAUAAUAGUGAAUUGAACUGUUGAUAAUAUAUUCUAUUGUCACAAGUUAUUAACUUUGUUUUUCUUUUUCAUAAUUUGUAUUUUAAAGUGGAAUAAAUCGUAAAUAUAACAAAAUAAAACGAAAUCAGAAUA